AUGUUGAGGCUGUUGAGGCCUUCUCAACUGGGUCAACUCGUUCUUCUUCUUCUUCUUCUUCUUAUUGUUUGCUCUGUACCCUCAACAACAGCCAAAACCCAAAGGCCAGGCUUUCUCUUCACAAGAACCACAGGAAGAUGCACUCCACACUAUUGGGGGAGCAGGAGGGAGGCGUGGCCGAGGAUGGUCCCACAGACAUCAACGGUGUCGAAGGUGUUCGGAUCAAGAGCCUACGAACGUUACAGAUCUGAUCUGACGCUACUGGAAGCGACGGUCAGGAACGACGAGGAGAACGUCUACCCUAGGCUGCUGAAGCAGGCGAGCGCCGCCCUCCUGAACUCUUACGCCAGGAAGGGGUUUCCGUACAGUGCUUGGGAGGUGAAGACUUUGGUCAUUCAAGCUCUGGUGUCGGAUAAGGCUGCAGCUCUUCAAGCCCAGCGCUUCUCCGUUGCCAAUGAGGCUUGCCAUUAG